AUGGACGAAGCGUCCAAUGUCAUGCCCAGUGAACUGCCAAUUGAACGCCGCCAACGACACACGCGGGAUCGUACGACUUCGUUUAAUUCAUUUUCUCACUUCAAAAGUGGUCCGUCCAAGCAUAUGCGACCUUCCACCCUCCGAAAUCGUGGUUCUAAUGCAAGCAUGAGAAGCAUCAGCUCCGAAACUGACUACUCGGAAAUUAUUGCCCCCAUUCCCCGCCGACAUCUCCUGCAAACAUCACAAAGUCUUCAUUGGCUUCGGGUUGAUACGUCAUCAGGAGACGAAUGGCUCAACAGAGGUGCCUCUCCCGUUUCCGCAUCUUCGGUCGGCUCUGGAACUAUAGGGGCCGGAAGGCGGUUUGUGAGGUGGAUGCAUCGAAAUAAUAUGAAAAAUUGGAUGAUUCCUUCAGCUAUCGCCGUAUCUACCUUGGUGAAAUGGUGCAUCGGAUUCGGAACAUAUUCUGGCCACAAUACGCCACCCAUGUUCGGUGAUUAUGAAGCCCAGCGACAUUGGAUGGAGCUUACCGUACACCUCCCCGUCAGGGAAUGGUAUACUUAUGACUUGCAGUACUGGGGUCUUGACUAUCCUCCUCUGACUGCGUAUGUUUCAUGGCUAUGUGGAAGAAUUGGGUCUUUAAUCGAACCUUCAUGGUUCACGCUACAGACAUCUCGCGGCAUGGAGACCGGAGGAAGCAAGCUAUUCAUGCGAGCCACCGUGCUCGUCCUUGAUCUCCUAAUUUAUAUUCCGGCACUGUACUACGUUUAUGUUUAUCGCUUGUAUCGUCGUAUCGCGAGCAGCAUGCUGCGCUGCUUCACAUUACUGUUCCAUCCAGCGCUUCUAUUGAUCGACUUUGGUCACUUUCAAUAUAACUCCGUCAUGUUAGUCGGACAUGAUCUUCUUGGAGCUAUCCUCUUCGUCUUGAGUUUAGGUUUCAAACAGAUGGCUCUUUACUACGCACCGGCGAUUGGCUCUUACUUGAUCGGAAAAUGCAUUUAUCUAGGCCCCGUCCAUGGCACUCGCCUGUUUAUGCGUCUAGCGCUGACGACAAUAUUAGCCUUCGUCAUCAUGUUCAUACCCUUCCUUCCUCCCUUCUCUCCUCUCUCCACUAUUAUUGCACCUAUCACCCGCAUCUUCCCGUUUGGACGUGGUCUCUUCGAAGAUAAAUGGAAGCAGAUAUUUGCUAGCAGAGAAGGUAUUCUGAUCAAAGCAUCUACUGGACUUACCGCUCUUGGGUUCUUGCCAGCUACUCGGUUGCAGAAGAACGCUCAAAACGACUCGGUGAACGUGUCUUCCUUCGAUGGUACCCACCGGCACCUUCAUUCACCAACGCCAAUUUUGCCGCUAUUACCCUACGCACUCCUAACUUGUUCUAUGUACAUGAGAAAGACUAUUCUUAUUCCCCUCCUGCCUCUCACACUCCUGCUGUCGGGCGCCGCACCCACUGACGAUGUAUUCUUAUGGGGAGCUUUGGGCAACAACGUUGGUGUCUUCAGCAUGUGGCCCUUGCUCAAAAAAGAUGGACUGGGACUCCAGUACCUUGCGAUGCUUCUUCUCUGGAACCGGUUGAUUGGUCACAAUCCGUUCAAACUACACUAUGGAUAUUUUGUGGGACUCGUAUCUUCCGUGGUACAUACUGCAAUAAUCCUCCUCCACCUGCUCGAGCUUACAGUAACGCCUCCCGCACGCUACCCUGACCUCUUCCCAGUCCUCAACGUUCUAAUAUGCACCCCGAUCUUUGGACUCAUCUGGCUUUGGAGCAUCAAACGUUCAGUGGAGGUGAGCUGGGCCAUGAGCGGACUGCCUGGAAAACGCGAAAAGGAAGGGCCUUCCUCAGCUGCGUCUGCAAUUAGUGCGACCUCGUCGAGCGCAGCGUUCGGGCACAGUACGAUACGUGGAGAGACGGGGGCGCGUGCGAUGAGUCUUGGUUAUGCAAGUGGGCGUGGGCGCGGACAAACUGAUGCUAGGAGACGAGCGCUAGGUGGUGAGCGCGGGUGGUGACUCGGGAGCAUUGAGCAUUGGGGAUUGGCUUCGUUCGUUUUCAUUUAAAGGAUUAUAUUUGAUGGCGCGUAUCCGCUUAUGAUUCUUUGUAAGAGUUAAAUUUCAAGGAGAGGGGCACUUCUCAUCCUCACAGAAUCGUGCGCCGGCUCGGCUCAUAUGCUUCUCUCAUUGGGUUGUAUACAGUGACACGCGCAUGAUUCAUCCAAAGCACUUGAUUCAUUUCCAUUUCCUCUCAGUGCCUUUAGACUUUGACGUUUUUAAAGUCAAUUUUCCCAUGACAUUUCAUAUUUUCACGGCGUACAUCACGCCUCGUUUUCCUUCACACAUCCUCAGAUUAAAGGCCAUGAACCACUGCAGCUGGUCAUUAUGCAUUUUCGAU